UUAGUUCCGGUGUAACAAGGUUCAAGUUCCUCCGGUCCGUCAGCGAUACGGAACACGCUUAUCUCAGUUGUAGUUCUGAGCAGCUCCGCCGCUGGACCGAGCCGAUCCGGACCAGGAGCAAGGGGACACACUGAGCACGAGACUGCGCGGUCACGGUACAUAGACGGUUUUUCACUUAGGACAAAAUGAGUGAUAACACCGCGGACACGAGCACGCUCUGCCUGUUUGAUGUUGACGGUACACUCACGGCCGCGAGACAGUGUGUGACUCCUGAAAUGAAAGCUUUACUGGAGAAGUUAAGGACUCGGGUCCGAGUCGGAGUGGUCGGGGGGUCAGAUCUCAGUAAGAUCCAAGAGCAGCUGGGAGACGAUGUGAUCCAGAUUGUGGACUACGUGUUCGCCGAGAACGGUCUGGUCGCCUAUAAAAACGGACAGUUACAUUCCAUCCAGUCCAUCCAGGCCCACAUGGGGGAGGAGCUCCUGCAGGACUUCAUCAACUUCUGUCUCAACUACAUGGCUAAAAUCAAGCUGCCCAAGAAAAGAGGAACGUUCAUCGAGUUCCGUAACGGAAUGCUGAACAUCUCUCCUAUCGGACGAAGCUGCACUCAGGAGGAACGCCGAGAGUUUUACGAGCUGGAUCAGAAAGAGAAAAUCAGGGAGAAGUUUGUUUCUGUGUUGAAGGAAGAGUUCAAAGGAAAAGGGUUGUCGUUUUCCAUCGGAGGUCAGAUCAGCUUUGACGUGUUCCCUGACGGCUGGGACAAGAGGUACUGUCUGGGCAUCGUGGAGGAGGACAAAUACUCCAACAUCCACUUCUUUGGAGACAAAACUAAACCGGGAGGAAACGACUACGAGAUCUUCUGCGACCCUCGGACCAUAGGACACGAGGUGUCCUGUCCCGAGGAGACCCAGCAGCUGUGUGAGCAGCUCUUCUUCUCCUGAGGGUGGAGCUGGACGUCGGUUCGGAAGCAUCGGGUGUUUACCCAGCGUGUUUCUGUAAUCAUAAAUCUGUAAUCAAUUUAUGUGUGUGCGUGUGCGUGUGUGUGUCUGUCUGUCUGGAUCUGGAUCUGGUUCUGGAUCUGGAUCUGGAUCUGGAUCUGGAGCCUCUGAGCUGCACCAGAAACAAACCGGACACUUCACCAGCGUCCAGCUCUAAUCGCUUGGUUUUUGGGUUCAUGAAGAUGUUUCUGAGCUCUUCCUUGUUCUCGGUUCAGUCUAAACUGGUUCGGUCCAGUCUGUGUUCUGAUCCAACCGGGAGCAUGAAGCGGGUCACCCUCUGAUGGGGAAGAACCAGCAGGUGUGUCGUGGACCACUGAAGGGUUAGGAGGACAUGAGUUCUGCUGUAAAACGGGUCAGCUGGUAAAAAGGGAAAAUGUUCAGCUACACUAACGGUUCCCAACGUCCGGGUCGGGGUCCCUCUGGGUCGCAAAGCACUAAGAUCCGGGUCAUAAACUCUAACGUGUUUGUGUCUGAGAGGAGACUGAACGUAAACAAAAAACAAACCUGAAAUAGAAGAAAAAUCCUAAAUAAAUGAAAGUUUCAUCUAA